AUGGCUCCUCCUAGAGUCAAACACCUUUUGUGGAGAAUUUGUAGAGGUUGCUUACCGUCGAGAAUUAGGCUCCGACAACACUAUGUCCAAUGUACACCGGAGUGCCCAGUUUGCGAAGAUAUGGACGAAGAGGAUUGGCAUGUGUUUUUUGGGUGUUCCACCAUUAUCCAGUGCUGGCGGGCAGCAGGUUUGUCGUCUAUCAUAGAGCCUCGUCUUCAACAUUUUAGUGAUGCUAAAUCUCUCAUUUUUUAUGUUUGUAGUAGAGAAGAUCGUAGGGAUGCCGGUCGGUUUGCUAUGAUGGUAGAAGUGAUUUGGAAGAACCGUAACAAUAUAGUUUGGAAUAAUGAAAGGGAAGACAUGUCUCGUUUAGGCUUGCAAGCCUAUGUUAAUUGGCAGGAUUGGUUCACAGCCCAGGUUGCUCAAGAAAGGAGCAACAAUACUCACCUCCCUGUAGUGUGGUUUCCUCCGGUUGAUAAUUGGGUCAAGUGUAAUGUUGAUGUCGGCUUCAAUAGUGCUUAUCGUUCCACUAACAGAGGUUGGUGCUUCCGGGAUAAAUUGGGUAGAUUCAUUACUGCAGGAACUGCUUGGGAUAUUGGUAGUAUGUCAACCAUUGAAGCUGAGGCGAUAGCCUUGAAAGAAGCUGUCCAACAUGCUAUCUCCUUGAACUUGAAUUUUGUGAUCUUCGAAAGUGAUUCUCAAUUGGUUGUUCAAGGCAUUCAUUCUAAUGUUUCUGGUUUGUCUGAGUUUAAUCUUAUCCUCCUCUCUAUUAAGCGUUUAUUAGCUUUGAUUCCAAACUUUGAGGUGAAGUUUAUUAAGCGCCAAGCGAAUAUGGUUGCCGAUACGUUAGUUAAGGCGGCCAAUUCUUGA